AUGCCCUCUAUCGACGAUGUGCUGCUCUUGCCUAUGAAGGUGGAUGCUUUCGUCCUUAACGACGCCGUGUGCAGCGGCGACGAAACAUUGGGGGCGAAGAUUGCACCAAUUACUCAACCAAACUAUACGUUUCUGCGGCUGACGGACUCCUAUAUUCAAAGCGAUAUUCUGAACCAAACCGAUCUUCACUAUGUUACGCCGGCGGACUGCAAUUCUCGCUUUACAGACUUGGGAACUGGGGAGAAGCACACCAACAGAGAAGGUGUAUAUGUACACUGGACAGUACCUCGGCCUUACAGAACGGGGACACGGGUGACGCAAACCCCGAACAUUCCGGAGGACCCUAAGGAUGGGACGAAAGCUCCUGUCGCUGACCCGUCAUCAACAAGAUACCAAGAACUACCGAAUAGAUGGCUCAUUGUGCGAUUUAUACCGGACAUGACAACAAUCUUGCCUGUGGGAAUGCAAUCUGUGGUCCCACAAGUGGAUGCCUGGAUUGUCGAAAGCGACCGUAAGAGCACACUCGACCAACUAAACGAUAGUGUUGAUCUCCAAGUAGACGUAUCGCCUUUCAUUGCUGCUGCAGAAGGUGCAGCUGCCAAAAUCGAUGACCAAGCCGAGGUUUUCAUUGGCUACAAGGAGUCAGCCAGCACGUGGACUGAGCCCGAGACGCCUGGAAUCCCUCCAAAGAAGCCCCGUGUCGUCCUCAGCCUGUUAAACAGCUCCAAUCAACUCUUCACGGACUUCCAGCCUCACAAUAGUAACGUCCUGAGCAUCGUCGACACCUUCACAUAUGGUGUCAAAGACGGGAAGAAUACGGUUCCGACGAAAGUCGAUUACGCCCAAGCUUCCUACUACGUGAUCGGGUGGCACAUGGAUCCCGCGCAAGAUCCCAUGUAUGUUUCCACAGCUGAUUCCGCGAAAGCCGACCCGCGAAGUGCUCGGAUGACACCCUUAGGAAUAGAUUUAGGUCCACAAAGCGCAACCGCUAUGGUAAAUUGGGAAGCCGAGAAAGAUUCAGCACGCAUCUUGUGCCAUGGCGCCAUGUACGAUGUUAUCUGGGACUCCAAAAACCUCCCUAAGAACGUCCCGGCAAAUGAUGCCUGUAAGCAUCUUACGCAGGAUCUACCAAUUUCGAUCGGUGCAACACCUAUAGAUGCUCUUCUCGCGUACGUCCGGGCCCAUAUGCAAACAGACGCGGGCAUGGUCCAGGAACUCGAGACUAGUCUCCAUUCCUUACACGCUCUCCUUCGCUCUCAGGACGAUGGCGUCGAGUCCCAACGUGAGGCAAAAGAUCUUUUGGUUAAUACAAAUUUUUCUCUGAACGAAGGUGGCCUCGCGUUUCAUCUGUCGGAGAGUACUAGCCAAGGCGCUGGUCAGAAACCGAUACUCGACCCGCCAUUAGACAAGAUAAGGCAGGAUCUUCAAACGCUGAACUCAACCCAGAAGCUACUUGACGCUUCACUUAGAAAGCUAAAGUAUAUGAAAUGGAAGCUCUUCUCAUUAUGGUGGACGUAUAUGAGUAACGUAGAAGGGAAGACCAAGGAUACCAUGUCUGAUUCCAAGACAGAAGUCGAGGCGCACAUGAAGAAGGCAAACGCACUGGUCAAGUCUGUUAUAUCGCUCAACAAAACGAUUGAAUCAUUGAAAUCCAAGAUUCCUGGCGUAAUGUCUGCAGUUGAUAGCCAUUUCGCGCAGCAAAAAGACCCCACAAUGAUGAUUGGAGGCAUUCAAUCUGGCUGGCCGUUUGACUUCCUUGAAAAGUUGCGAGUGCGCAUUGCUGCACAGAUUGUCAACGAGGUAGUCGACCCAGCGAGCCCAGCGAGCCCAGCGAACUCAGCGAACUCAGGAAAGAAAAGUGCGUAUGUCGAGUCGUUGUUGGCAACUGCGAAGAAGUUACCAGCAGAGCUCCAGGAUGCUGCUACCGUUCUGCUGAAAGAGUUUAACUACAUACAGCCGGAAAAUAUCGCAAACGUAGUUGUCGGAGACAAUGCAGUCCUCCCUCUAUAUCACGAUCAAGACUUAGCAUAUGGUAAUAUGCAAGAUAGUGAAUGUCCUUGGAGGGAUAGAUGGGGGGAAACUCAACCAUGGUUACCACUGUUCCUAGAAUGGGAGGUCGAGUAUACGGACGUUCCAUUCGAAUAUUGGUCGCUUGAAGAACGAACUACAACAAAUGCUCGUGCCAAUCCCAAGUUAAGAUAUGGUAUCAAAAGCGAUGUUGUACUUUGCGAUUUGGCGCCACAGCCAGUGGACUCAAACAAAGGAAAAGAUUCGGAUAAGAAAGUCGAUGGUGCAAAGCAGAAGAAACCAAAUCCACCUCCGGCUCCAAUCCUCACAAACACAAGAAAGCUGUCUGGCCGGGUUUUGAUUCUACCUCAGCCAAAUUUCUCAUUACAAGCGAAAGUCAAACAGUUGAUUUCCCAAACUCCCGCCAAAAUAUUGGAAGGGUUACUCAAAGAUGACAAAGACGGUGAUAAGCUCAGCGCGCUCAAAAAUCAAUUGUACCGUCUACAAUUCUUGUCAGCCCCACUUUCAGGGUUUAAUAACCACUUAGUUACCCUCCUCCAGGGAAGCCACAUAAAACCAAAUACCAGACCACCAGGAGAAACCAAUAGACCCCUAUCAGACGCUCUCGACAAGGGUGCUGGGUUUGGAAUCCCAGAGCUCACAAUGAUAGGUACGCAAUCAGACCUAACUCCGUACGGCUUCCAAGUACAGUUAUCCGACAAUGAGCCUCCCUUUCACCCAGUAUCUCACGGUCAAUUUAAGCUCACAAAAGUCAACAUCAUUGAUAAAUUCGGUCAAGCAAUACACGCGGCGAAGCCAACCCCAGCUAUUCACGAACGGCCUCGCAUAUACCCAAUACUAAGCGAAUUCUAUGAACCGCAGAUUGUGCCUAAACCACCGGCUACAGAAGACAACAUUGUCAAUGGGAUCGAAAAAGAUGACCCAGGAAAGUGCGAGUUUGCUCAAGUCACCCCACGAAUCAACCAAAUGGCACGAUUAAACUCAACAUUUGUGACGUUGAAUACCGCCAGCCCUAAGAAGAGCGAUGUCUUGAGCUGGCAGCCAGUGGAUGAUUGGACGAAUCCUAUCUGGGGAUGGCUCGUGACCAAUUACGCGGAUUGCGGCAUUCAACUAUUCACAAGCGAUGGCGAAUUCUAUCGAGAAAUCCGAUUUGGGGGCCCAUCGGGGACGCAGGAUUCGCCAGCAUGGUUGCCAUUUCCUCCGCCUGCUGAUUCGUCGACGACGACGAACACAUGGCAGCAGACUUUAUUGGAGACAUUUGCCCAACUGCUCACUAAUAAGUCGUAUUUGCAAGCCGUUGUCUGGAUGCUUGACGGAGCAUCUAAGAUCAGCGCACCAGCUCCCAGCGCCUACGCUGAGUUCUUAAACAGUGUUAUUGGGAGACCAAUCGCUUUAGUCAACAUGGGAUGGUGGCUCGAACUUGCAACAGCUCCGUAUGAAAAUCAAUCGAAGCUAAACACUCUUACUCCGGGUAUCACGCUAUGCGACGACUCGGGCACGAAGGCUAAGCCGAGCAGCGGAGACAACACAAAACAGGGCGGAACAUCCCAGACCAGCACGGAGGACGUAUAUAACUUUCAGAUUAAGUUCGGGGAUAAGGAUCGCAUGUAUGAUGGAUUGAUAGGGUACUUCGACGGUGUUGAAGGGGAUCAGCAAAAUCAAAAUCUCGAUAUGGACAACUUGCUUCAGAUGGCCACGAUCAAAACCUUCUUCACAGAAGUGCCCGAAGAAAAUACCACAUAUGAUAAAACCAAGGACCCGAGAAAGAGUAUCGAUACCACUACAUAUCCUUCAUUCCAAGCCCAGUACGUAGAUCCAGACCAAUACGUAGAGGACGCUAGCUCCUACGAAGCUGCCCGUCAGCUGCAUAUGUCAGUCUUUGGCGCCAUGGUCGACCCAUUUGUUCCCAUACACGCCUACAGUAGCAUCCUCCCUAUACAAGCCCUGACGCUUCCACCAUGGACCUGGCAGGAGGCUAUGAAGAAUAUGACAGGGUUCUUCCAUAUGGGGCCUCUUUUAGUUACAAGCGACGUCCCUGUGUAUAAUCCACAGUAUAAGCUAGCUGCAGACUAUUCAUGGUCCACGGCUCAGCAGAGCAUUGGUUCCUCUGUUGGCAUACCCGCCAUAUCUCAAGCGGAUUGGGCGUGGUUACAGCCAUAUAUCGAUCCAGCAGUUGAAGCUCAAAAUCAAUCCGCUAAAAGCAAAGGCUCAGAUAGUGGAGAUGCCCUUGAUCCAACCGCAUAUAUGAGCUUGGGGAUUGCAAAGGUGGACGCUACCCCGGGGUUUGAAAAUGGGCCGUAUACUGCUAUUGAAGGAUAUCUGCAGCUGAAAAAACCUAUCAUGAGGUCGAGUUAA